AUGGACAGAAAACCCGGAGUGGAUUACAGCGUCCUGCGCCCCCUUAAUGGACCGGACUCUGCAAGCCAUUCCACACUGGAAUUACUCAAUGUUCAAUCACUGACAAACAAAGCCAGACUCAUCAACGACCACAUCACAGACAAGGAAAUUGACAUUCUCUGUCUUACAGAGACCUGGCAACAGCCUGAGGUCUACUCUGCCCUCAAUGAGGCCUGUCCCCCUGGGUACAGCUACCUCAGCAAGGCCCGGACUACCGGUCGGGGGGGUGGCCUCGCUGUUUUUCACUGCAGCGCCAUUCAAACCUCUCUACUGUCUGCCCCACCCUUCAACACUUUUGAACAUCUGGUUUUUAAUUGCAAACACAUCACAUUGCAUAACACCACCUCUGCAACCAUAGCACUCAUUUAUCUCCCCCCCAAACCACAUCCAUCAUUCCUCUCUGAAAUUCAUGACUUUCUCAUCUCACUUUGCACCUCACACUCAAACAUUCUGGUUUUGGGGGACUUCAACAUUCACAUGGACUCACUCUCCUGCAAACUGGCUGCUGAAUUGAAACAGGUUCUGGACUGCCUCAAUCUCCACCAAUCCGUUGUUGGACCCACCCACACAAAGGGCCACACACUGGACCUGGUCAUCACAGAUUCCAUCCACAUCUCAGACCUUCACGUCCAGGACAUUGGCAUUUCAGACCAUUAUGCAGUCACCUUCAGGACCCCUCUACCCUCCCCCCUCACCAAACCACAGCGCCUUAUAUCAUUCAGAAAUUUCAAGAACAUUGACUCCACCUCCCUCAGUCAGCAUCUCCAGCUUCUCUCUCCUCCUCCAAACACAUCACUUACUGAUCUCAUGGACUACUACAACCACAAUCUUCGCUCUAUCCUUGACUUUCAUGCUCCACUAAAAACCAGGACAGUCACCUUCACCCGUUCUGCCCCCUGGUUCACAGAGGAGCUGAGACUACUGAAAAAGGACUGGCCGAGUCCUGGAGCGGGCCUAUGUCACAUCUGGGCUGACGGUGCACAAGUUGGCCUACCAGGAACAUCGUCGGAGAUAUGCCAAUGA